AUGUCUCAGAGUCCCCCUGGCACCUCUGUGGAUGACAGGACCUUUCUCCUGGAGUACCGAUGCCACCCCGUGCGGCCGGAGCCCUCCAGCCCGACCUCCUACCCCGAGAAGCGCAGCUCCACCACGGCGCCCGAUGCCACCUCGCUCUCGGCAGUGGGCUCUCCCACCUCGGCCGAGCCUCGCCGCAUCGUCCUCAGCACGGACAGCCCGGCCGCGCUGAAGGUGGGAACCCAGCAGCUGAUCCCCAAAAGCCUGGCUGUCUCCACCAAGACCAAGAACAACCCCUCCCGGCACCAGAGCCUGGGGGCAGCUGGGUCGAGCCGGGAGCCCCUGGGCCCCGACCCGAAGCGGGCGUCCGUCCCCAGCCUCUCACUGGAGGCGGAGGCGGAGGUGGAGGAUGACAGUGGGGCGACCCUCAAGCGCAACCUCAGGAACAUGUCCUACCGCGCGGCCAUGAAGGGCCUGGGUGCGGAGCCGGAGCCGGUGAGCGCCGUCCCCUUGCUGAAACCCACGCCGGAGGAGGGCAGCGCCCUGCCUGCCCGCAGCCCCGGCAGGAACAAGAGAACCUUUGGGCGGAGGCGGGUGCAGAAGCGUGGCGGCUCGUUCAAGGACCAGCCCCGGCUGUAUCAGGAAAUCCGUGAGAGAGGUCUGAACUCUGUCAGCCAUGAGUCAGAUGAGGAUUUGCUGGAGGAAUCCGUCCCAGAAGAGCCAUCCCCUCCGGAUGCCGCUAUUGUGGUGCGGAGCUAUCGCCCGGCGCAGGUGACCUGGAGCCAGCUCCCGGAGGUGCUGGAGGCGGGCCUCCUGCAGAGGGUGUCCCCCGAGGAGCGCAAGCGGCAGGAGGGGAGCGGGGCAAUGUUUGAAAUCAUCACUUCUGAGUACUCCUACAUGCACAGCCUGAAUGUCCUGGUGUGCCACUUCAUGAGGUCGGAGGAGCUGAAGGAGACCAUGACUCAGACGGAGCACCACCACCUCUUCUCCAACAUCAGCGACGUCCUGGCGGUCAGCGCGAGAUUCUUUGAAGACUUAGAGAAGCGGCACCAGGAAAACGUCCUAAUUCCUGACAUCAGUGACAUAGUGGAGGAACACGCCUUGAACCACUUCAAUCCUUACGUCAGCUACUGCUCCAAUGAAGUCUACCAGCAGAGGACACUUCAGAAGCUGCUAAACACAAACCCCUUAUUUAAAGAGAGCUUGAAACAAAUUGAAAGGAGACCAGAAUGCGGAGGCCUGCCAAUGAUAUCAUUUCUCAUUCUCCCUAUGCAGAGGGUAACACGGCUUCCUCUGCUGUUAGAUACUGUCUGUCAAAAAACAAAAGCAUGCACUGCAGCGUAUGGAGCUGCCACCAGAGCUCUGAAAGCCAUCAGCAAGCUGGUUAAGAACUGCAAUGAGGGAGCUCGUGCUAUGGAGAGGACGGAGCAGAUGUACACCCUGCAGAAACAGCUGGAAUUUGGAAAGAAGAAGCCUUUCCCGCUGAUCUCCGCUUCCCGCUGGCUGCUGAAGCGGGGGGAGCUGUACCUGCUGCUGUCGGAAGAGGCGGGCAUCUUCCGCCGAGGCGCUGGCAGGCUCUGCUACCUCUUCUUGUGCCGAUCCUGUCUUUGCUGUAGUGAGGAGAGCUACACUGUGAUGAACUACGCCACGCUGGACCAGAUCACGGUGGAGAAGAUCGAGAACACGGACCCGCCUUCCCCUCCUCCUGGCAAGACCGGGAGUGGUGGCACGGCCCGUGGCAUGGCUGGCGGGCACCUGCUCCGGGUGGUGAUGGAGAAGGACAGCGAGGGCAGGCGGGAGGAGAUCGUGCUGUCGGCAGAGACGCUGAGUGACCGGGCCCGGUGGAUUGCUGCGCUGAUGCACAGAGAAAAGGAAAAGCCUGACACCACUCCUAAAGGAGAUCUGAGCCAAGUGGAGAUAACCCACGCAUACCUGGCUAAACAGACGGACGAGAUUUCCCUGCAGCAGGCUGACGUUGUCCUGGUGUUGGGUGGAGAGGAUGGCUGGUGCUGGGGUGAGAGGCUGAGGGAUGGUGAAAGGGGCUGGUUCCCCCAGUCCUGCGCUCGGCAGAUCACCAGUCGCGCAGCAGUGGAGUGCAACGUCCGCCGGAUGGAGCGGCUGCGGAUAGAGACCAAUGUGUAG